UCCGUUUCUUCCUCCGGUGUGAGGGCCGAACCAAGCUGCAGCGCGUGAGCGGCUGUCAGGGCCGGAGAGCGGGGGCACCAUGGAGGUAAAAGAUGCAAAUGCUGCAAUGCUGAGUAAUUAUGAGGUCUUUAAGCUUCUGACUGAUCUUAAAGAGCAACGGAAAGAAAGUGGAAAUAAGAAGCAUAGUGCUGGUCAGCAAAAUCUUAACACAAUAAUGUAUGAGACUUUAAAGUAUUUGUCCAAAACGCCAUGCAAACAUCAGACACCAGAAAUUGUAACCACGUUUCUUAGAGCUAUGCUUCCACAAAGACUGACCAAGGCAGAAAAGCUCCAGCUGCUGAAUCACAGACCACUAACUGCAGUGGAAAUACAGUUGAUGGUAGAAGAGAGUGAGGAGAGAUUAACAGAAGAACAGAUAGAAGAACUACUACAGACAAUCAACAGCAUUUUGCCAGGGGACCCUGAUGAGCAAACUGCAACUCAGCAGGAGGAUGAGAUGGAUAUGGUUGUUGGAGAAAAAGGAAAUCAAUAGAUAGAAAGUUAACAAAAUCCAGCCAAUACAUUCCAUUUCUGUCCAGGAAAUGUUUUGAUGAUUGAUCUACCUUGGCUUUGGUAUUUAAACUCGAUUGACUAUACUUGGACUCAACACAGUAAUGGUAAUUUCAGAUACUGUACACAUGUUUUCAGUUAUAUUCCAUACUGUACAGUGUGAGACAUAAGCUAUGACUGAUGAGUGUUUAUCUUAACCCAGAACUAAUAUUUUUACUUUUCAAAUAGUGCAAAAACCACAAUUCUUAAACCUCCAUAACUAUGAAUUUGGUUUAAAACUGACUAAAUUUGGUUUAAAACUGACUAAAUUUGUACCUUGCAUGCUUAUAGUUAGUUUAUGAAAAACAUUUUUCUAGACUAGCUUACAUAGGGACAUAUGUGCAGAACUGAGAUAGAUUUGAUUGUGCAUUUUAAAAACAUAUUAAUUCUAUAUUGGAAACUGUAACAUGAAAUAAACUGAAACAACACAUCUGGUAUGGUAACACAUCUGAGUGCAGUUAUGGUCUCUUUAUUUGAGGAAGCGUGUUCUGGCUUUGGAGGGAAUAUAACAAUUGUUUACCAGACUCAUUCCUUGAAUAGCAGGAUUGGUUAGGACGAAACCCUUGAGUUUAGAAGAAUGAAGGGUGGGGGGAGGAAUAUCUCAUAUAAAUCUAAAGAAUUCUAACAGGAUUAGACAGUACAAAUGUAGAAAGGAUGCUCCUGAUGCCCACGUGUCCAGAACCAGUGGUCACAAUUUAAUGAUACAGUUAGGCUAUUUAGGACUGAGAAGAAACAUUUCCACCCCAGAGAUUGGUGAGCCUAUGGAAUUCUCUGCCACAUAAAUCAGUUGAGGCUAAAACAUAGAAUGUUUUCAAGAAAGAGAUAUUGUUCUUGGGAUAAAGGGAUUGAAGGCUCUGAGGAGAAAGCAGGAACAGGGUCAGAGCGCUGAAUAGUCUAUUCCUGCUUCUAUUUUCUAUGUAACAGCAACCUUAAAGAAGAUAAGAGCUCAAUAACAUCUGGUACUUCCUGCACAAAUAUACUUGAAAAUGUAUUUGUAAAAUUAUUGCUCUUUUCAACAUUCAACCAUGUUGACUGGAUGUAACAGCUGCAAAUUUUGUUCAGGGCCUUACAGGAUGUAAAUAAUCCCUUGCAAGCCUUCAAUUUUGCUUUCUUUGACAUGAGAAAGGAGUAGAAAAGUUCCUGAACUAACCAUUCAUAUUUAUAUUAAGCUCUAUUCAUGGAAAAGCAACCACUGAAUAUCUUCCAUGAUGGAGAGAGAGAUGCAGAAGACUGACCUCUAAACUGUUAUUAUUUUUAAUGUCCAUAGAACAUCAUUGAUGUAUACUAGCCUGCAAAAUAAACUGGAGCAGACCAGAAAUAAUAUAUAGAUGCAAAA